ACAGGUGUCAGAGCUAAAUGCAACACAGGUGGUUGAACAGUUGGAAAGUGUUUAUGCGUAUGAGUAAGAAUGAUCUAUGUGGGGUGACAUUAUCAGGAUAUAGAUGGGGCAAUUCUUAGGUCAUGGGUUGAGCUCUCAAAUGUCAUUGUUUUAUUUCUACUUAGUCAAUGGUCAAACCUGUUUAAAUUCUGAGUGAAGAUAACCUGGAUUAACCCCAAGUACAGUCAUUCAGUCAUGGGUGUGUUUGAAUGGUUGUACAGUGGCACUUUCUUAAACCCCAGCAGCUGUUUCUCACUAGUCAUGUCUUUAUAGUGGUUACAUUUGUUUCUCAAGACCAGUCUUCAAUGACUCUCAAAUGACUAAGCGCCUCAUGGAACUUCCCUGACCUGUCCUGUUGCCCAGUUCUUUACAUUUCUUAUAAAAUUAUUUUUCAACAGCAUUCAAAGGUCGGUUGUUAUCUGUAGAACUAUAUCCGGUCUAAAGUCUACAUGGUAGCGUACUACUCAUUUGAUCCUGUUUGAAGACGAAAAUGGAUUUAACCACACCCCAGCUAGCUCUGUUCCUUGUCCUUAAGGUUCCCUGAGACUGCUUAUUAUUUCCCAUGGGGAAUAAUGGCCAAUUGUCCACCCGCUAUAUUGAUUCAGGCAUUUAUGAAAAAUGGAAGUGGAGCGACUCAUCAGCAAGAAACUCCAACUGAAGAGGAAAGCAGAGCACUUGAAGUCUGACCUGAUGAGGCAGUUUGACUCCCAGGUGUUGGAGUUCAUGGACAGUCUGAUAGAGGAAUCGGCCAGCCUGGAGCCUGCUCCUGUCCCUAAUGUCUUCUCCCCUCCUCUGUCAGAUAAAGAGAGGAGUAAGCUCAGGCAUCUCCAAGGGUCAUCCCAGGGCCAAGGCAAACAGUUUGUGGUCCGGAGGUCCUUGUUAGAUGAGCUGUUUGAAGUGAACCACAUCCGGACCAUCUACCACAUGUUCAUUGCCCUGCUGAUCCUCUUUAUCCUCAGCACCCUGGUGGUUGACUUCAUCGAUGAAGGCAGAUUGGUGCUUGACUUUGACCUGCUGGUCUAUGUAUUUGGACAGUUCCCCCUGGUGGUGAUUACCUGGAUCUGCAUGUUCCUUUCAGUGCUGGUGGUGCCCUACAGCCUGUUCCACACCUGGGCCUCUCACUACCAUGAGUCCAGCCAUGGGACCCUGUGGUCUCUUAUACUGGGCUCUCUCUUCCUGCUCUACCAGGGCCUGGGCCUAGGCUUCCUGCCUACCUUUGUGGUGGUGAAGAACAGCUUUCCCCCUGCAUCCUGCUUCAUCAUCAUCCUGGAACAGGUGCGCCUGAUGAUGAAGGCACACUCCUAUAUCAGGGAGAAUGUCCCCAAAGUUCUGGCUUUGGCAAAAGACAAAUCCAGCUCAUCCCCAGUCUCUCCACUAAUCCCACAGCUGAGCCACUAUAUCUACUUCCUCUUUGCUCCCACCCUUAUCUACAGAGAUAAAUAUCCCAGGAAUCCCGUCAUCAGGUGGAGUUAUGUGGCCUCUAAGUUAUUACAGGUUCUAGGAUGUCUCUUCUAUGCCUACUAUGUGUUUGUGCGCCUCUGCAUCCCACAGUUCCGCAGCAUCAGCCAGCAACUGUUUGACCUGCGGGCCAUGGUCCUGUGUGUGUUCAACUCAAUCCUGCCAGGAGUUCUGGUUCUCUUCUUGGCCUUUUUUGCCUUCCUGCACUGCUGGCUCAAUGCCUUUGCUGAGAUGCUGCGGUUUGCUGACAGGAUGUUUUACAAGGAUUGGUGGAACUCCACAUCCUUUGCCAAUUACUACCGCACCUGGAACGUGGUGGUACACGACUGGCUGUAUUACUAUGUGUACUGUGACUUCCUAUGGAUGUCGAAGAAGAGAUUUCGGGCGGCAGGCAUGUUAUUGGUCUUCACUAUGUCUGCAGUAGUGCAUGAGUACAUCUUGGCGAUCUGCUUCGGCUUCUUCUACCCAGUCCUCUUCUGCCUCUUCAUGUGCUUCGGAAUGAUGUUUAACUUCAUUCUUCAUGACCGGAGAAAAGGCCCAAUUUGGAACGUGAUCAUGUGGACUGCUCUGUUCCUCGGUCAGGGGGUCAUCAUCUGCCUCUACUCCCAGGAGUGGUAUGCACAGCGCUACUGCCCCCUUCAGGAGCCCUCUUUCCUAGAGCUGCUGAAGCCGCGUUCCUGGAGCUGUCACCUCCAGACCAACCCAGCAGUCGACUCUUGAGGGGCUGUAACUGACAUCACAUUGAACUACUGAACCGACAACACUCGCCAAUCUAUUGAAAGUGUUUAUGAAGAGCACAACCUCCUGUUUCUUUCAAGACUUUACUUUUUGUUUAGGAAGAGCACAACCUCCUGUUUCUUUCAAGACUUUACUUUUUGUUUGACUUAAUUUUUUGUGUGUUCCACUAGUAAUUCUGACUGAUAUUGAGAGACUGCUUUAGUCAUUUGAAAGGGCAUGGAGUGAGUUAGACAUAUAAUGGCCUCUGUCAUUCACAAAGAUGCCUUAUUUAUCCUUUUAGUUUCAUGACAAACCUAUUGGAAAUCAGGGUAACAUAGAGCACAUAUAAAUGUUAACAGAAUAUUUUUUAUUUUAUUUAUACUUUUAAUUUCAGCCUGGAUACAAUUACCAUAUUCUUUCAUUUGAAAUGCACUUUCAAUGCCAAUAUGGUAAAUUGUAAAAUUGCUGCUUUUCCCAAAAGUUGACCUCUUAGCAAACAUGCAGUUAUAUAUAUUUAGCAAAUAAUUUACUUAAAUAAAAAAUGUUUUAUUUUUAUGAACCCAGACAUUUCAAAUGUUCAGGCACUGUAUUUUGUGUAGUCUAGUCUCCAAGGUGUUUUAAGUCAUGUUGAUGGAGAUCAGGGUUGGGCUCAUUUCAGAAGUUUGAAAUUAACUACGAUUCAACUCAUGAGUUGAAAUUAGAGUUGAAUUGGCUGCACCCCACAGGAUGUAGAGUUUGUGUGACAGAAAGUAAUUCAAGGAAAUUUCACUCGUCAUACAACAUGAGUUUCAUUGAGUCUCACAGUUCCAGAUAUCAAAUAAUAACUUUUCUCUGGAAAUAAUGUUUAUAACCUUGGUGCUUAGAAUAGCCAAUUAUAUUUCUGCCAACCCUUUAAUUUGUUUGGCUUCUUUUUGAUGUCCUCAGGGUCAACUGCAGGGUUACACUAAUGCAUUCUGGGAAAUGUAUUUUCCUCAUUGAACAAAAUCUAAUCAACUUAAUGAAAUACAAUAACUUUGAAUAUUCACAUACAGGUUUUGUUUCCCUUGAUCGUUCAGUUUGUCCUGAAAAUCAAUUGUUUUAACAAUUUUAUAUGCAUGUAUAUAAUGACAUGUAUCAUUUACAAGAUGUAUAUUUGUAUAGACUACACCUAAUAUAGAUUAGAGGCAUUUGAAUUUCUCUGAAUUCAAUUACAUUUCCUUUCAGUCAAGUUUGAAUUGCAAUUUUGUAUGCUGUUUACUAUUUUAAUUGGAAUUUGAGGCAUUCUCCAUUUCAAUUCUGAAGUGAGCCCACCCCUGAUGGAGAUGUUAGAUUAUUAAACAAAAUUGAGAUUAGUUUGCUCUGUGAUUACUGGUAUGAAGGUAAGAUGUGAAGCCUUUGUCAGAUGUGAAGCCUUACACACAAGAUUAAUGUUAAUUAAGAAUAUGUAUUUAUUCAAAAGCAAUAUUGAAAGUGUUCCUUUACCAAUCAAAAAUUCCACACCUGACCUUGAGUUGGUGGAAACUGCACUGCUGUUGCAGCUGGCUGCUCCAAUGUUGCCAUUAUCAGUAUGACUGAUGCAUGUAUUGUUUAUUUACUUACAUCAUUACACUAACUGUUGCCAUUAAUGCUGUAAAUUAGGGAUUCAAUUUCAGCUUCAAUCCAUGAGUCUGAUAGACUUGUCGUUUUGUGAUUGUCUCUCUAUGGAUUGUCUAUCUAUGGAACAGUUUUUGUUUUUGACUCAAACCAUGUAUGGUGAUAAUUUAAACCACCAGAUGGCGCUGUAAUGUAAUGUUUUUGAAUUCCUACUUGUUUCUCAUGACAAUCUAUUUUACUCAUAACUAAUUAUUUAAGAAGGACCGUUAACAAAACAUUGUUAUAUAGAGAAACGUGUGUGUGAAUGUGUGUGUUUAUAUAUAUAUAUAUAUCCUAUCAAGAGAUUUUGUUGCAAGACUACUUCAGCCUGUAUUGUAAUUGGGACACUGUUUACUAUUUGUGUUCGUAUUUCAGUGGUUAUUUCGAGCCCACUUUUGAUAUUAUUAUGAUGCUCUUUUGAUCAUUUAGAAAAUGAGUGAUACUUUUGUUCAGAUAUUUCUAUUUUUGAACAGAGAUUGACAUUCCUCUAUUUUUCUUGAUAAAUUUAUGGAGUUAGUGUUUAAAACAUUUAUUUGGUAUUAUACGAGAUAUGUUGUAUAAUAUUUACCAUUACAGUGCAUUAGGUAUAUGUCAGGUUGAAAAUAAAGCUAUAAAUCUA